UGUUGUUCUAUUUUCAUCCCUCAUCCCCCUGCACCAUUACAGACCCAAUAUCAAAUAUCAAUACUCAGCCUUAGAUAGUGGCAAUGGUGUCGUUGAACGUUCGCCCCGUGAGCGGGCUCAGCGAGAAAAGGCGCUCAAUGCCACCCAAGAAUGGGUACAACAAUCAAAUGGUCGUUAUGAGGUAAUUGCCCAUUUGGAUGAGAUCGGUUCGAGGCAUGGGAAAAAUUGGUUCCUCGUAACUGAUUCUUCGGUCCGCACCGAUCGCCUUAUGACCAUGUUAACCCUGCCUCCGGAUUGUGUUGCCUUCGAAGAUCUCUCACCCAAUGAAAGUCCAAAGGGUAUUCUAAUGGAAUUAUUGGGUUCUCUUCAUCAUCCCUAUAUCUAUCCAGUGCUCGAUUUGGGCUUUCUUCAUAUCAGUUCGGGAAAUUUCGCCUGUUUGGUAACGCCCUUCAAUUCCCGGGGUAGUCUUAAGGAUUUAAUCUAUAAG